AUGGAUAGAAUAGUACAACUUUAUUUCAACAACUUGGAAUUAAAUGAUGAAGUGAAGAAACUCAUUUUGAGCUGGGUUACAUUUUUCAACCAGAAUUGGGAAUACUUAUUUAACAUUGAUAAGGAUGUCAUUUUAAAUUUAGAAUUUUUUUUAGACAAUAAAAAGAUAAUAAAUAGGAAUGCUCCUCCUAACAAUGAAAUAUUUUUACAUGAGCUUCAGAAGAAUCCCGAAAUUGUUUUAAAAUUUAUGAAGGUCGCAAUUCAUUUGUUGUUAUAUCAUGUUUUAGGAUUAAACAAAGUAGAGGAAGAAAAUUCACAUGCUAUCGAGCAGAAUGCUAUACAUAAAAAAAGAAAGAACAUGCCAAAUGAAACAGAAAAUGAAUCUGAAAAUGUAAAUUUCAUACGAGAUGAAGAAAUAGAACAAGUAAAAAAUGAUAACAUCUUAUUAAAUGAUCUGAAAUAUGAUCGAUAUAAAGAGUCUGAAAUAUUUCGUACACAUUUUUUUUCUACACAAAUAACAAUAUAUUUAUAUAAUUGGAAUAAAGUUAAUAAAUUUAAAAAUUUAAAAAGUGAAAAAGUAAAUCAGUUAGUAUGCUUAAGAGGAAGUAUAUUAAGAGUUUCACCUGUACAAUUAUUAAUAACAAAAGUCGAUUUUAUUUGUGAAAAAUGUAGAUCCAUAUUUAAAAUUGAAUUUAUAGAUGGUAAAUUUGAAAUACCUAAAAAAUGUCUAAUAAAAAAUUGUGAUAGUAAAAAUUUUGUUCCUUUACGAGAAUCAGCAAAAUCAAUUGAAUAUCAAAAAAUUAUUUUAAAAGAAAAUAAAAAAAAUACAUCUAAUAUUUAUGAAACCGAUGAUACUACAAAUAUUAAAAAUUUAUUAGUUACUCUUGAAGUUACAAAAUUUUUUGUUAAUACAUGUUUACCUGGAAGUUAUGUAGAAGCUUUAGGAAUACUUAAAGUUAUUUCCCAUAAUAAUAAUUAUUUAAUCAAUGGAAAAAAUUCAAUUUUCAAUAUGUAUGUUGAUUGUAUUUCUAUAUUUUCUUUAUCCUCAAAAAAAUAUUUUAAUAAUAAUACUUUUAAUAUUCAAAAAAUUAAGAAAGAAAAAAAAAAAAUUUACUCAACUCUUUUAUGGCAAUCUUAUAUAGAUAAUGUUGAUAAAAAGGUAAAUCAAAUAAAUGUUGAAAAGGAUACAUUAGAAAAAUUGACAGAUAAAAAUAAAACAAAAACAAGUAAUACUUUGAACGUCCCAAAUGAUAGAUCUACUAAUUUAAAAAAUGUAAAUGAAAAAGACAUGCAGAUCAAUCAAAGUUAUGGACAAACAAACUUAGUUGAUAAAGAAUAUGGAAUGGAAAAAAAAAAUGAUCAACUUUUUAGAACCGAAGAAAAUAAUCAAAUUGACAAGUUAUUUUCUGAUAUUGAAAAUGUCAUUAAAAAUAAUGCUACAUUAGAUUCAGUAAAUAUGUAUGGAGAUUUUAUGGAUAUACUUUUUAAAAAUAAUAACAAUCUUAAUAAUAGUUACAUAAAUAAAGAAGGAAAAUCUGUUAAUACACAAAAUGAAUCACGUCAUAAUAAUUUGACAAAUCCUUCAAUGGAUUUUGAUAAUAAUACUUUAACUUUUAUAAAAGAUUUUGAAAAAUAUAAAAAUAAUAAAUUUUAUUUAUUAGUUAGUUCAUUUUGUCCUCGUGUAAUUAUGAACUAUUAUAUCAAAGCAGGAUUGUUAUUAAGUUUGUUAGGAGGAAAAACUAUAUAUGAUCAAUUUGGUGAAAUAAAAAGAAGAGGGAAUAUACAUUUAUUAUUAAUUGGUGAUCCAGGAUUAGGAAAAAGUAGAAUUUUACAAUAUAUAAGUAAUAUAAUAGAAAAAAGUUUAUUUAUAUGUAGUACCUCAACAAGUAUAAAUGGAUUAACAGCAUGUGCUGUUAAAGAUUCAACAAAUAAUGAAUAUUCUUUAGAAGGUGGUGCAUUAGUAUUGUCUGAUAAAGGUGUAUGUUGUAUUGAUGAAUUAGAUAAAGUGUCUUUAAAAGAUCAACAAUCUUUUUUAGAAUGUAUGGAAAGUCAAUGUAUUAAUAUAUCUAAAGCAGGAAUUGUAUGUAAUCUAAAAACUAGAUGUACUAUAAUUGCUGCAUCUAAUCCUAAAGAAGGAAAAUAUAAUUAUAAUAAAACAAUUUUUGAUAAUAUUAAAAUACCUUUACCUUUGUUAAGUAGAUUUGAUAUGGUUUUUUUAUUGACUGAUAAAAUAUCAGAAGAAAAAGAUAUGCAUAUCUCAAAUUAUUUAAUUACAUCUACUAAUGAUACAACAAAAAAUUCAUAUGUAUACGAUCAGAACGACCAAAAUAAUUUUGAAAACUUAAGACAUAAUGAUGGUAGUACAAUUAUUGAAAAUAAUGAAAACUUUGAUGAAUCUAUUUUUUUCGAUUAUCAAUAUAAUCUUACAAAUAAAUGUAAACAAAUUGAUGAAAGUAAUUAUUUACCAAUAGAACUGUUAGGUAUAUUUGUAAAAUAUUGUCGUAAAACAUUAUUUCCAAUUUUGUCAAACGAAGCUAAACAAUAUAUAAAGAAAUUUUAUAUACAUCUAAGAAAUACUUCUAUAGCACAUAGUAAUAUAAGUGUACCCAUAACAAUAAGACAAUUAGAAUCACUUAUUAGAUUAUGUCAAGCACGAGCAAGAGCAGAUCUAUCAAAUAUUGUAACUUUAGAACAUGCUAAAGAAGUUGUUGUAAUAUAUCAAAAAACUAUUUUUUAUCCUUUAUCUUUAAAAAUGAUGAACUUUAAAGAGAAAAAAACUAGUAAAGGCCCAAGAGGUAAAUCAGCUAAAGCACUUUCCGGAACAUUUAAAAAAGAUAUUAUACAGCUAGCCCAAAUAAGUGGAAAUAAAAUAAAUAACAAGGAUUUACGAAAUUUGGCUCAAUCAAUAAUACAAUCAGCUGAAUCAAAUAUAUCAGACGAUGCACUAAUCCAUCUUGUAAAUGAAGAAGGCUUUAUUUUAUAUAAAGGAAACCACUGGCAAGUAGACGCUUUUUAUUUGAAGUAG